AUGCUCCCGCCAGUCGAUCCAGCUUUGCUGCAGCGCAAUCCGAAUUUCGAGAUCUUGUAUAAAGAUCUUUGCACUAGGAAGCUCAAUCCAAAUGGCUCGACGCGGGAGACGAAGAAGCAGCGCGUGCAUGAUGAGAUUCGCAGGGCCCUAUCCGCAGCUCGCACAUCCCUCCUCACAACCCAAAUCCUCAUCGACACCCUCUCAGACCUCCCCUCCAAAGCAGCCGACCUCCCCCCAGAACUGCACUCUCUAAUCGACAUCGCCACCGCCCAACUCCGCGGCCAAAUCCCUUCUUCAGACCGAGAAAUUCUCUCCACAGACCUCGAAGCCUUCAUGACAAACAGCGACAUAAUCAGCGAAUCCCUCUCGACCCUCCUCACAAAAACCACUUCCUACCUCUGUAAAAUCGCCGAUCCACUCAACCCCCCAUCCCCCCAAGACCUCAGUGCAAGAGCAAAUACCCUGCAAACCGACGCGACGCUCACUCUCCCGGACGAACUUCAAACCGCGCAUCUAAAUCUAACACACAGCUUCACCGUCCUCCUAGCCACGCACUCCACCCUCCUCACCACCGCCAUCAAGAUCCUCGAGCAAACGCAACAAGGCGCUUUAGCCCGGCACACGCGGUCCUCGGCCGACUUGUUGCACGCACGCUCCGUACUCCUCGGUCUGCAAGCCAAAAUCCACACGUACAGCCAUCCCCCUCCGGCAGAAUUUGUGGAUGCGCUGCGCCAGUUUAAGAAGAGUCAGGGGAGCGGGGAGAAGGCGCUGAGGGAUCGUGAGGCGCUGGCGAGGCAGGAGCUCCAGCUUUAUGAGCGCGCGGGGGAGAAAGGGAUGAGGGAGUUGGCGAGGCGGAAGGAGUGGAUUUUGGCAGAGGUGGCGAGGGUUGAGGAGGAGGUGAGAAAGUUGGAACGAGGGGGUUGA